CGGCAGCUGCCUCUGACUCGUCUCCUCGUUGCUCCUCCCUACCCUAGUCGAUCUCCCCUUCGCCUCGUCUCCCCGUCUCCUCCUCGCGAGCUCGCCCGCCCGCCGCCUGCGCCGAGCACCGCCGAUCUCCACCCCGGCGAGCAGUAGCGGCGGCCGGCGUCCUGCUGCAUCCCGCCGAGAAAUUUGGGGGUUCAGCUGAACCCUCUAUGCGCGACGAUAGAUCCGCCCUUGGGGAGUAGGGAAGGGAGGUGAGGUGAGGUGAGGAGAUAGGAGGAGUUGAGAAGGCGCUGAUUGUUGGGAGGAGGAGGAGGAGGAGGAUGGUGGAAGGCCCCAAGUUCGCCGGCAUGAUGGGCGGCGUCGUCGGCGGCGCCGGCGGCCAUGACGACAUUGGUGGGAAUUUCUGCGACAUGGCGUACUACCGGAAGCUCGGGGAGAGCUCCAACAUGUCGAUCGAUAGCCUCAAUAGCCUGCAGACCAGCACGCAUGGCGGUGGCUCCGUGGCAAUGUCGGUGGAUAACAGCAGCGUCGGGUCUAGUGAUUCCCACACCAGGAUGCUCAACCACCCGGGCCUCAGGGGGCAUGUCGCAGCCAAUUACUCGGUUGGGCACAGCAUUUUCCGCCCCGGGCGGGUGUCGCAUGCGUUGAGUGAGGAUGCGCUUGCACGGGCACUGAUGGACCCGAGGUACCCGACUGAGACGCUCAAGGAUUACGAGGAGUGGACGAUCGAUUUGGGUAAGCUCCACAUGGGGAUGCCCUUUGCACAGGGUGCAUUUGGGAAGCUAUACAAGGGCACCUACAAUGGGGAGGAUGUUGCCAUCAAGCUUUUGGAGAGGCCAGAGGCGGAUCCGGAGAGAGCCGGGCUAAUGGAACAACAGUUUGUGCAAGAAGUUAUGAUGCUUGCAACUUUGAGGCAUCCCAACAUAGUUAAAUUUAUUGGGGCAUGCAGGAAGCCGAUGGUUUGGUGCAUUGUGACAGAGUAUGCAAAGGGUGGCUCAGUUAGGCAGUUUCUGAUGAAGAGGCAGAACAGGUCAGUUCCAUUAAAGCUUGCUGUGAAGCAAGCCUUGGAUGUUGCAAGGGGCAUGGCCUACGUCCAUGCUCUUGGGUUCAUUCAUAGGGACCUCAAGUCAGAUAAUCUCUUGAUUUCUGGCGAUAAAUCGAUUAAGAUAGCAGACUUUGGAGUUGCCAGGAUUGAAGUCAAAACCGAGGGGAUGACACCUGAAACAGGAACCUAUCGUUGGAUGGCCCCAGAAAUGAUUCAGCACAGGCCAUAUGACCAGAAAGUAGAUGUCUAUAGCUUUGGCAUUGUUCUAUGGGAGCUCAUUACUGGCAUGCUCCCUUUCGCUAACAUGACAGCAGUACAAGCUGCAUUUGCUGUGGUGAACAAGGGUGUCCGUCCAGCCAUACCACAGGACUGCUUGCCUGUUCUCAGUGAGAUCAUGACAAGGUGCUGGGAUCCAAACCCUGAUGUUCGCCCUCCAUUCACCGAAGUAGUUAGGAUGCUGGAGCAUGCUGAGGUGGUGAUCCUGAGCACAGUCCGCAAGGCCCGAUUUCGGUGCUGCAUCUCCCAACCGAUGACAACUGAUUGAAUGAGACAACAGAGAGUUGCGAAGACCUUGAUGGAAGGAAGCAUAAUCGAGUGUAUUUAUCACAUGUUAGACUCUGCGCCGCUGAAGUAGAAAUCCAACUUGAGUGUACGACUGAGUUAUAUACUCAGGUGUAAGGCAGUUCUAUAUUCAAAAUAUUUCUCUCUUAGAGUGGUGUUUUCAGACUGCUUUGGUGUGUUAGGCUCUAUCCUUUUGUCGAAACAUCAUGCAGAUUUCCUUUUGUUGUAACUGACGCAUGUUCCUGCUGCUUUAUGCCUGUGUUAUAUAAUCCCCCUGCUGGAACAUGCACAAACUUUGCUGCGUUCAGAGUAUAUAGUAUGUACAAUUUGAAAUGUUCCCGUGGCAGAGUUCUGCUAAUGCCAAGCUUUCGGUUAAUCUUC